AUGAAUGGUGAAAUUGCUGAUGUCGUGGAACAGAUAUGUGAUGCUGUUUGCACGGUAGUUGAUGAAGAUAAAACCACAGAUGAUCGUGGUGCUAUUAACGAACAACGUGAUGAUCAUCAUGAUGACAAUCGUAAAGAUACUCCUGUGUCACAAAUUGUGACAUUAACAACAAAUCAACCAACGUUGAUUAACAUUAGUGAUAUCAAUACUGAUAUUACUUAUCCAUGGAAAAUUCAUGCCAUCGUUACGUGUAUCUAUCCGAAACGAAGUUUUACGAAUUCGCACGGUGCUGGCGAAAUCUCAAAUUGGGAUUUAACUGAUCAGUCAAGUUCAAUUACAUUGGUGGCCUUUAAUCUGAAUUCAUAUAUGAUGUCGGAGAAAUUAGUGAAGAAUCAGAUGUACGAAUUUGUGAACCUAACAAUCAAAUCCGCCGAUGAAAUGUACAAAACAUUACCACAUCCAUAUCAGCUGGUGUGUACGAAUGCAACAUGUGCAAUUGAAAUCGAAAGAUUAUUCGAUCUACAAGAAAACACAUAUAAUUUCACACCGUUAAGUCAAAUGAACACUCUUCCUUUGAAUUCAAUCGUCGAUGUCGAAGUUCGUGUUUUACGUGAUUUCGGCGUUUCAACUGGAAUGAAAAAUGACAGAAUGUGGACUCGACGCGACAUACACGUGGAACAAAAUGGUCAUCAUAUUGGUAUGAGUUUAUGGAAUGAACAUGCUCGUUCUGUGAAAACAAGUAUGAUCCUUUCACGAAUUCAAUUCAAAAACGUCAAAAUCUCUUGGUUCGAUGGUAUACGAUCAUUGGUGACUUUGGCCAAUACACAAAUGAACAUCAUUCGAGAUUAA